UUCCCUCUCUUCUAUCUAAGUCUAACAAAUGGCGAAAUGCUUUAGCUUCAUGUCGUUUCAGGACAAGUUGUACAGAUUCUCCUUCGGCUACUCCGGUCUGAAAUCCUCCGUCACCGAUCUUGGAGACGGCACUGUGAUUCACUGUUGGAUACCCAAAAUGACCAAACCCAGAAAACCAAAUCUACUCUUAAUUCACGGAAUCGGAGCCAACGCGAUGUGGCAGUUCAACGAAUUCAUCGGUCCCUUAACCAACCGAUUCAACCUCUACGUUCCUCAACUCCUCUUCUUCGGCGAUUCAUACACAACCCGACCGGAGAGAUCGGAGGUGUUUCAGGCCCAAUGCAUCAUGAGAGCGAUGGAAUCCUACGGGGUCAAUAAGAUGAUGAUUGUAGGUCUCAGUUACGGCGGAUUUGUUGGGUAUUCAAUGGCUGCGCAGUUUCCGUCGGCGGUGGAUCGACUUGUGAUCGCAGCGUCGGGGAUUUGUUUGGAGGAAAAGGAUAUGGAAGAUGGUAUGUUUAAAGUGAGUAGCGUUGAGGAAGCGAUUACGAUUCUUCUGCCGCAAACGCCGGCAAAAAUGAGGGAACUGUUGAAACUUACUUUCUACCAGCCGCCCAAAAUUCCUAAUUGUCUUCUCAAUGACUUCAUUAAUGUAAUGUGUACAGAGUACCAUCAAGAGAGAAAAGAAUUGAUUGAGGCAUUACAUAAAGACAGAAAAUUGGCUGACCUUCCUAAGAUUCAUCAGCCAACAUUCAUCAUAUGGGGAGAGAAGGAUAAGGUAUUCCCAAUUGAAUUGGGCCACAGAUUGAAGAGGCAUUUGGGAGAGAAUAUUGCAGAGAUGGUGAUAAUAAAAAAUGCAGGGCACGCAAUCAACGUGGAGGGAUCAAAGGAGAUGUUCAAACAUAUGAAACGUUUCCUUUAUCAAUCUUUAUCUUCCACUCACCCAUAAUCUUAAUGACUAGUCAUUAUAUUACUAGUAAAUUAAUUGACUCAGAAUUACUCAGAUAUAUAUUAUUGAGCUGUGUUUUCAGAUCAUUUUAUUCAAUUCCUCCCUCACUCUAAAGGACCCAUCAAUCAAUAAAUUAUCUCUUUGUUGUGGGUCU